AUGUCAUGUGUAGUAGUGCAUAGGUAAAUCUAUCACAUGAUUGCUCAGCGUCUCUGAGCAGCAGAAGGCAGCAGCAGCAGGAGCAGGAGCAGCAGGAGGAGCGGGGCUUCAUGUAAACACACCGCGCACAGGGCUUUGUUUCACACACACUCAUACACACACACACACACACACACACACACGCUCGUCGCAGGCUCCCCCGUUCUUCUAGUCAUGCCAUGGAUAUUUUGUGGCAAUACCAGUUCAGGAUAAUUUUACUCGGGGAUUCCACGGUGGGCAAGUCGUCGCUGCUGAAGCGCUUCACGGACGGAAUUUACAGCGAUGUGGCGGAUCCGACGGUCGGGGUAGAUUUUUAUGCCCGCUCGCUUGAUGUCGAGCCCGGGGUGAAAAUAAAGCUCCAGCUCUGGGAUACUGCCGGCCAGGAACGAUUCAGGUCCAUCACGACAUCAUACUACCGUAACUCCGUGGGUGGGCUGCUAGUCUUCGAUCUCACCAACAGGAAGACCUUCGACCAUGUGAAGGAGUGGCACAAGGAGGUGAGUGAGCACAUCCUGCCUCACCACAUGGUCUACAUCCUCAUCGGCCACAAGAGCGACCUCAACAAAGACCGCAAGGUGAGCCGGGACGAGGCGGAGCAGCUGGCGGCCGAGCUCGGCAUCCGCUACGUGGAAACGUCCGCCAAGUGCAACAGCAACGUGGACCGAGCCUUCGAGCUGCUGACCAGGGACAUCUACGAGCUGAUGAAGAUGGGGGAGAUUGUCACCCGCGACGGAUGGGAUGGAGUGAAGAGCGGCCUCACUGCCAAGGUCCUCUACCCGGAGGACGAAGAGGAGCUGGCCGCUGCGACGGCUGAAAAGGGCUGCCACUGCUGACUUAGAACUCUCUGAGUCCAAACACUGUCUUCUUGUCACACCAAGAGCUCACCUCGUCUCACAGCCGUCCAUCCAAACCAAGUCUCUCAGGCUUAGCACCCUGAAAUCACCAUCCAUCACCCCCUCACCUUGUGCUCCGUGCCCUUUCUGUGUUCAGGUUCUUAUGACAACUGGAGUUUUAUCUAAGACGAGGGUUGUACACCCCGAUGUGUAUCUUUUAGGCAAGUUGUAUCUCUAAAUCCACAUGGUGUAGCAUGAAACAGCCCGUUUGAGACCAUAGGUUCAGAAAGCUACAGAGGGGAUCAUGUCG